AUGGGCCCCAGCCCAAGGCCAAGCCCAGCAUACCCACCCCCCAACUGGCCUCCUCUCCGCCCUCUCCUCCCCGCCGCCGACUUAAGACUCGAAACCCUCGUCCCCGAUCAGAUCUACCUGAUCCGCAACUUCCUCCCCGCUUCACUAUGCAAGACAUAUGCCUCUUUCCUCGCAUCCCUACCCUUGACCACGACACCUGGAAAACCCAAGAAGGACGAGGCGGUGCGGGUGAAUGACCGGUUCCAGGUAGAGGAUGCGCGGUUUGCGGAGAUGCUAUGGAGCGGGACGGCAAUGAAGGAGCUUGCAACGACGCGAUUUGGCGAGGAUGAGUAUGACGAAUAUGACGAGGGCGCGACUCUUCCUUCGCCGGAGGAGCUUGCGCGGAGAGCACAGGAAGUCUGGGGCGGGGAGCCACUGGGCUUGAACCCUAAUAUUCGCAUCUAUCGCUACUCGGCAGGGCAGUUUUUUGCGCAGCAUUACGACGAGUCUAAUUCGCUUACUUUCCUACCCUCGACGGCGACGAAGUCUACACCCGCGCGCACGACUUGGACCCUCCUUAUCUAUCUGACUACUUGCGGGGGCGGCGAGACGGUAUUUUAUCCGGAACCUACGCGGGCUGAUCGCAAUCCUGAGCCUAUAUCGGUGGCUCCGGAGAUAGGAAUGGCCUUGUUCCAUCGGCAUGGUGAUCACUGCAUGCUGCACGAGGGGAAAGAAGUGACAAGUGGUGAGAAGUGGGUGUUGCGGAGUGACUUGGUUGUUCCACGGUGA